ACGAGCUCGGCUUAUCCCUCUAACAUGGCCAAAGCUGAGUCCGAUCUCAGAUCCAUCCUCGAUGGUGGUUUCGAUCCUCAGCAGUUCCCCUGGUACGAACCAGAGUUGAUUGAAGUUCCUGAGCCAGCAAAGUCUCUGCUGGAGAAGUACAGCAAAAUCCCGCCUGGGCAUGAGGUGGAACAUGUGAAGAAAGUGAGAGAUAGAGCGUUCGCUGUGUUCCCGUACCCUUGUAUUGGAUCAUUCCGGUUCCUGGACUUGAGUAUCCCACAAUCACCGCUAUACGCUGAGGUCCUUGAUAGACUGAAGUCCGGCCAGAAGCUGCUUGAUGUCGGAUGUGCCGUUGGACAAGAGCUGCGUCAACUGGUCUUCGACGGCGUCCCCUGUGAGAACCUCUAUGCUUCAGACCUGCGCCAAGACUUCUACGACAUUGGGUACGAUCUUUUCAACGACCACGGUCACCUCAAAGCCCAGUUCAUUGUAGCAGACGUAUUCGAUGACAACUCCGAUCUAGUCAAGAACCUGGCAAACAAAAUUGAUAUUGUGAACGCCGCUUCGUUCUUCCAUCUUUUCAACUGGAACCAGCAGGUCCUAGUUGCAAAGCGGAUCGUCGGGCUACUCCAGGAUAAACCCGGUUCCCUUCUAAUCGGCCGACAGAUUGGUUUAGUGAAUCCUCCACCUCCGGAAGAUAAGGAGGCUGCUGGGGAGCACUACCGUCAUGAUCCUGCUACGUGGAAGAAGUUCUGGGAGCAGGUGGGUGCUGAAACGGGGACGAAAUGGGAGGUUGAGACUCGGAUGGAGAAGUGGGCUGGGGCGGACAAGACGAUGAAAGACUAUCAUGAGGGGAUGGAUACUUUCAAGCUGCGGUUUAGUGUUCGGAGGCUGUAG